UCCCAAAAUAGCUCUUUGUGCUGGGAAGCCUGCAGCAUGCAGGGGGAAAAAUGGCUGAAGUGGUUUCACCGAUUACCCGACAGGUUUCUAAGGAAAAGUGUAAAGCUGGGACCCCAAAUCUCGAUAUUAACCUGAAAGAUGUUGAGGACUGUUUGAUUUACGACCGACGCGGAGAGUCUUUCCAUUUCAAGAAUUUAUACCAGGACAGCAAAUCGGUCAUAAUUUUUGUCCGGAAUUUCUUGUGCUACAGUUGCAAGGAGUAUGUCGAUGAUUUGAGCAAAGUGCCCAGAGGAGCGCUGGAGGAGGCUGGAAUUAGACUGGUUGUUAUAGGUCAGUCUGCUCAUCAGCAUAUAGAGCCUUUCUGCUCGCUGACGGGGUAUUCUUAUGAAAUGUACGUGGACCCGAAAAGAUCCAUUUACCAAAAGUUGGGGAUGAAGAGAGACGAGACGUUCACAGACUCUGCACUGACCAGUCCCCAUGUGAAGUCCGGUUUAUUUAUGGGCCAGAUAAAGAGCAUAUGGAGGGCCAUGACGAGCCCUGCCUUCGACUUCCAGGGUGAUUUACAUCAGCAAGGCGGAGCCAUGAUUGUGGGUCCAGGCUCUCGUGUUCAUUUUUGUCAUUUUGACAUGAACCGUCUGGAUCACAUGCCCAUCACCUGGCUUCUUCAGCUAGCUGGAGUUCAACAGACCCUGGACUUUAGUGAUGAGCCAAAGAUCAUCCAUGUGUAGCCUUAUAAAAAAAACACCAAUAGGUCAGCUUUACUUUAAGAGUGAUAGCUACAUUUUCAUAAUAUGCAGUAAUUUGCUCCAUUUUAAUCUUCUUUAAUCUUCAGGUAGCUGUUGCGCAGCUCUUGGAUGUACUUCGGCUCACAAUUCAUCUUACAAUACAAUGAGAGCUAAUUUUGAGUCAGCUAAGGUAAAAAAAAUGGAUGCAGAAAUCCAAUGUUAGUUGAGGGAAAGGUUACUAGGCCAGACCCUUAUGUGCAUUGGAAAAUCAUUAAUUAUCCAGGUUUUUGAUGCUGCCUGGACACUUAAACACGGAUCGACUGAUAAACAGAUUUAUUCAAGUCAUGUGCUUGAAAAUGUAGUUACUUGUUUCCGCUAAACUGAUGGAUGUCAGUUCCAAAAAACAAAUGUUCUUGUGAUAUUUAUCUAAAACCUUAGAACCGAUGUGUUACUUUCCUGUUUUUCAGUGAUCGGUGUUUGAUAUUUUUUAUCUGGGGUCACUUUUAGUCUGAUCUUAUCAGGAUUUAGACGCAAAGAACAGUGGAACUGACAUUUUCUUUUGCUUAACGUAGCUAAAGUUGUCCAACUUCUAUGUUUGUUUACAUUUGAGUGGUACACUUGUCGCGUGUCCACAGACAAAUGAGAGACAAAUCUUAGAUUUCUCCAUUUGCAAAGAUUAAUUCCGACAUUUUCAGACCAAUAUCUCUACUUAAGCAUCCAUAUGUGAGCCUGAUCUCUAUUGCUUUAUUUUAAUAACAUCCCUGAUGACCCACUUUAAUGAAAGAUGUUGGUGUUCAGCGUGUUACUUGAUGCAUGACAAAGCCCUCUUCUCAACUUAAAGAAACACCCCACCUGGUCACAGUCUUCACGAAUCAGUAAUACAUAAAGCAAUUAACUCCAAGGUCAUACAUCUUUGCAAUUGUUUUUUUUAUUUUUUAUUUUGGUUUUUAUGAGUUUCUGAAUCUUACCAGAUGAAGCCUGCCGUUUGGAUGGAUUUGGUCAUUUUGGUGUACUUAGAACUGCAGAAAUGAGCUCAAAGUAAAUGUUUUAAAACCACAUUCUUAAAAUUCAGAAAGAGGACCAAACGCCUGGGACAGUGAGAUAGAAAAUAGCCGGUUUUACUAGUCUGCAUAAGUUAAAACUACCUAAAGAUAGAACAGUAUAUACUAAAUAUUUACUUUUUGAACAUGCCAUUUUUUCUUGUGCUGACACUUCCUUAUACGACUACAUGCAAAUCUUGAUAAGAUCAGAUUUUCUCUUUGGUCUCUCACACUAUGCUGUAUUGUUGAUGUGCAACAAGAAAAGUUACUUUAUCCUCAUAUUGAGUGACCAAUUUAUUACACGGCAGUAUUUCUGGGCUUGUGAUGCAUUUCAUCACAGGUUAGCGUCCAAAAUAAAAAAAAUUCUUUAGGAUUUUUUAUUAACAGAAGCAGAACUGAACUGUUCUUUCUAGUUGUGAAAAGAAACUUGUCUUACAUUUCAACCAACUAACUCCAGUGUACUUUCAUGUGAUUUUAUCUGUUUUCGACCAAUUCAAGGUAGUGCAUGAUUGGAUUGUGAAAUGGCAGAAAAAUGACACAUUGUUUUUGAAAUGAUUUUGCAAAUAAAAAUCUUAAAAGUG